AUGUUAGUAAAGUUGGGUUUAUUAAGAAUUCGUCAACUUUUAAAGUAUCUUGGGAAUCCACAAAAUUCUUUUCAGGCAGUUCAUGUUGCUGGUACUAAUGGAAAGGGGUCUGUAUGUGCAUAUCUUUCUUCAUGUCUUGCUCUCUCUGGAAUUCGUAUUGGUCAGUAUUCUUCACCACAUUUGAUGGACCGUUGGGAUUGUGUUAAAGUUAUUGGUAGAGAUGUUGAUAAAGACCAGUUUUUUGAAAUUGAAAGUAAAAUAAAAAUUUUAAAUCAGAAAUGCAAUAUUGGUGCAACUGAAUUUGAAAUAAUGACUGCUGUUGCUUUUGAAAUAUUAUCUAAGAAUAAUGUUGAAUUGGCUGUUAUUGAAACAGGAGUUGGUGGAAGACUCGAUGCUACUAAUGUAUUAUCACAGGUUUUGCUUACAAUUAUUACUAAGAUAGGCAUGGAUCAUCAAGAGUUAUUGGGAAAUACAAUACAAAAGAUUGCAAGGGAAAAAUCUGGUAUUAUGAAAAAAAAUGUUCCCUGUAUUGUUGAUGGAACCAAUGAAGAUUCUGUUUUGAAAGUUAUUAAAGAAGAGAGUAUUAAGAGUGGAUCUUCUAAAGUUAUUUUGACUCCUAUGGAUUUGGAUAAAUCUUUGUAUAUUCAAGAAUGGGAAAAACUUAAGUCUGAAACUUCAUUGUAUAGGACUUAUCAAGGGACAAAUCUUGCAUGUGUUUCUGCUUCUUUGGAAAUUUUGUCUGAAUAUUAUCCAAAGAUUACACCUGGUAUUUUAUCAAAAGGGCUUUUAGAAACUUAUUGGCCAGGACGUUUAGAAUGGAUAGAUUUAUCUCAGAUAGCUUUUGGUGCUAAUAAAAUUCUUCUUGAUGGUGCGCAUAAUAUCGAUGGUAUAAACUCCCUUUCUGAAUAUGUUAAUAGUAUUCGUAAUGGAAUUCAACCUGUUUCUUGGUUGACUGCAUUUACUCAAGGAAAAGAUGUUGAUUCUUUAUUGUCGAUAUUAUUAAAACCUUAUGAUAAAAUACAUUCUGUAGAAUUUGAACCUGUAGAUGGAAUGCCAUGGAUAAGACCUGUAAAUUCUUUUUAUAUUGCUAAAAUAGCUCGGAAAUAUUUAUACAAAGAGAAUAUUAAGCAGCAUGGCACAGAUUUACUUUCUGCGAUAAGUUCUAUUAGUCAAGAUAAAGGUUUACAAGUAAUAUGUGGAAGUCUUUAUUUGAUAGGUCAAGUGCAUAGACUUUUAUAUAAAAGGAUUUUGUUACAAAAAGGUAGUACGAAAUAA